GACGGUUUUCGCCGUCCAACGGCCCACAAACUAUCCACUAACGCACCUAUAAAUACACAAACCCUACACCUCCUUCCUUCUCUUUUCUCCUGCUACUGCAAUUCACUGCCACACCCGUUGUAGCAGGAGAAAUCUUCCAACACUGUUGUCUCUCUCUCGCUCUCUCUACUUUCUCCACAUCUACAUAUACGUUUAUUCAUAUAUAUCACAAUGCCUUCUCUGGCUGUAUCCGAAACUCUCCCCGAAAUCCCCAAAGAAAAGAAGGACAAGAAGAAGAAGAUGAAGAACGUCGAAACCCUAGAAUUCGACUCCCCAGCCGAUAGGAAGAGCAAGAAAGAGAAAAAAUCAAAGAAGUUGAUGACAAGUUCGAAAGACUCGGAGUCUGAUUCUGAAAAUUCGGAACAGAGCCGGUUGGAGAAAAAGAGUAGUAAAAAGAAAGAGAAGAAGCGAAAGGUGUUGGAAAUUGAUGGUGAUGAAGAGAAGAGUGAGACGAGCUCGGAGGAGGGCGAACCUAUAAAUCUGAAGGUGGAAGAGCAGAGAAAGAAGAGGAAGAUGAUUGUGUUGACUGAGAUGGAUGAUGAUGAUGUUAAGGAAGAGGAGAGUCCGAAUGCGGUAUCAAAAUUUAGGAUUUCGAAGCCACUGAGAGAGGCAUUGAAGGCUAAAGGGAUUGAGGCUUUGUUUCCUAUACAAGCUAUGACUUUUGAUACUGUUUUGGAUGGUUCGGAUUUGGUUGGCAGGGCACGUACCGGUCAGGGAAAAACAUUGGCCUUUGUAUUGCCCAUAUUGGAGUCCUUAAUAAAUGGACCUACAAAAGCUUCACGAAAGACUGGAUAUGGGAGGGCACCGAGCGUUCUUGUACUUCUACCCACAAGGGAACUGGCCAUUCAGGUGUCUGCUGACUUUGAAGUCUAUGGUAGGGCAUUAGGGCUAUGUUCAUGCUGUUUAUACGGGGGAGCUCCUUACCAUUCUCAACAAAUGCAAUUGAAAAGAGGGGUUGAUAUAGUUGUGGGAACGCCUGGCCGUGUUAAGGAUCACAUAGAACGGGGAAAUAUUGACUUCAGCUCAUUAAAGUUCCGUGUCCUUGACGAAGCUGAUGAAAUGUUGAGGAUGGGGUUCGUUGAAGAUGUUGAACUUAUUCUAGGUAAGGUAGAGGAUGCAAGCAAAGUCCAAACACUUCUUUUCAGUGCCACCUUGCCAGAUUGGGUGAAACAUAUUGCAUCUAAGUUCCUGAAACCAGACAAAAAGACUGCAGACCUUGUUGGUAAUGAGAAAAUGAAGGCUAGUACCAAUGUGAGGCAUAUUGUUCUUCCCUGCUCUGCUUCAGNCCUUGUUGGUAAUGAGAAAAUGAAGGCUAGUACCAAUGUGAGGCAUAUUGUUCUUCCCUGCUCUGCUUCAGCCAGAUCCCAGCUUAUUCCUGAUAUCAUUCGCUGUUAUAGCAGUGGAGGUCGCACAAUUAUUUUCACCGAGACAAAAGAUUCUGCUUCUGGACUUGCUGGCUUAUUGCCUGGAGCACGUGCUUUGCAUGGGGACAUACAACAGGCUCAACGUGAGGUUACACUAGUUGGAUUCAGAUCAGGCAAGUUCCUGACAUUAGUAGCCACAAAUGUAGCUGCGCGGGGAUUGGACAUUAAUGAUGUCCAAUUGAUAAUCCAGUGUGAACCUCCACGUGAUGUUGAAGCAUAUAUUCAUCGAUCUGGACGGACAGGGAGGGCAGGGAAUACGGGUAUUGCUGUGAUGCUGUAUGAUCCCAGGAAGUCGAAUUUUUCUAGGAUAGAAAGAGAAUCCGGUGUGAAAUUUGAGUACAUAUCUGCUCCUCAGCCGGCUGAUAUUGCUAAAGCUGCUGGCAUAGAAGCAGCAGAAACAAUCACCCAAAUCUCUGAUAGUGUUAUUCCGUCCUUCAAAGCCGCAGCUGAGGAACUACUGAAUACCUCUGGUUUAUCACCUGUGGAACUGCUUGCAAAGGCACUUGCCAAGGCUGCUGGAUAUAGUGAGAUUACGAGUAGAUCACUUCUCAAUUCCAUGGAGAACUAUGUCACUGUACUUCUUGAGGCUGGAGGAUCUAUCUAUACGCCUUCCUUUGCUUACGGUGUCCUGAGGAGGUUUUUACCUGAAGAGAAAGUUGAGUCAAUUAUGGGUCUUGCUCUGACUGCUGAUGGAAAGGGGGCGGUGUUUGAUGUGCCCGCUGAAGAUUUGGACACAUUCCUUGCUGGCCAGGAAAAUGGUGCUGGUGUGAGCUUAGAGGUGGUGAAAUCAUUGCCACAGUUGCAGGAGAGAGAUCAAUCAAGAGGGGGAAGAUUUGGAAAUGGUGGUCGUGGUGGUUUUGCUGAUAGAAGAGGUGGCAGAGGCGGUAGAUUCUCCGGAGGAAGGGGUGGUUUUUCUGACCGAGGAAAUCAGAGAUUUUCCAAAGGCCCUACCGGAGGGAGAGGUCGUGGCAACAACCGCAGCAGAUGA